AUGUCGGAACCCACGCCUAGCGCGCGAGUAGCUUUGAUCACGACACUUGGCAACAUUGAAAUUGAGGUCUGGGCCAAGGAGAUGCCGCUGGCGGCUCGGAAUUUCAUCACCCAGUGCCAUGCGGGGGUGUACGACGGAGCCUAUUUCCACCGCAUUGCGUCCACGUUUGUUCAGGCGGGCCCUGAGAACGUCGAGACUAUUUAUGGCAAGCCUUUUGAGCUGGAAACCAACGGGCGGAUUAGGAUGAAUCGCCGAGGCAUUGUGGGCUGUGCCGGCACCGCCGCCGGACAAACGUCGCAGCUGAUCUUCACUACUUGUCCGGCCCCGGAAUUAGCUGCACAGUGCACGGCGUUUGGUCGGCUAGUGGGCGACUCUGUCUACGUGCUAGCGGCCAUAAACGAUGCCGAAAAGGACGGGGAAGCACCCGUGCAUCCCGUGCGCAUAGACCGGGCAGACGUCCAAGUGCCAUUUUUCGAACUGGCCGCGACUGAGCAGCCCAAACCACAGGUCUCCACUCGCCCCAAACGCCAAAUUCGCGUUUUUGACGACGAGGACGCUCCGCCUCUGGUGCUGAAGAAAAACCCCCGGCUUGGUUCUGCGCCGUCGCCCGCCCUCGAAGCUGUGAAGCGAUUCGAAGCCCAGCUGGACGAGUUUGUAGCGAAAAAUAAAUUACGCGGAUAA